AUGGCCGAGCUCCCGUCGAAGGUGCAUGUCAACUCGCACCCCAUCUGCCUGAGGAUCCGUGAGCACUCGGUGUAUGAGGACGAGAAACAGCGCACGUGGGUGCAUGUCGUCGUGGAGAUAGGAGGUGACCUGCAAGUACGGUUGGUGCAGGACGACAGCCCAGUUGGGGAUAUCGCACUCGACACAAGCCGGCCGACCUCGAGCAACAUGCCUUCGAGGUGGACGCUCCUGCAUGGCAGCCUGUACGAGGACUCCAAGGGCCGGUUCUGGCGCAUCGUGCACCAUGUAAAGGAGGAUGGCAUAGAGGAAAUGAUCCUUGAGCUAAUGGACGACUCGUAG